UUUAACUCUAAAAGUCUAUUUUAUCAUAUAAUUAAUUUUGAAAGUAUGGAGAAAUUUGAAAAGCCACAGAUAAUUUGUCAUAUUGAAAAAUCUGUAAAUUAUUCAUUAUUUGAUGCAAAAUGGAUUCCGUGUAGUACGAAGUUUGUAGUUAUGGGCUCGCGUCCUCGUGGUAGUGGUAUUAUACAAAUUUAUGAAGUUUCUAGUGGUGAAUUGAAUCUUAUUAAAGAUAUUGAAAGAUCACAACCAAUAAAAUGUGGAACUUUUAAAGCAUCUAGUUUAAGAGACAGAUAUUUAGCAACUGGUGAUUUCCAGGGUAAAUUGAAUAUCUACAAUCUAGAAGAUCCCUCAAUACCAAUUUAUACUGUCUGUGCUCACAAAGAAAUUAUAAACAGUAUUGAUGGUGUAGCUGGACAGAGUAUUGGAUGUGGUGCACCAGAAAUAGUAACUGGUUCCAGAGAUGGAGGAGUUAAAGUCUGGGAUCCUAGAUUGAAAGGUCGGCCAGUUGCUGUAAUGGAACCUAAAGAAGGUGAAACUCGUAGAGAUUGCUGGGCAGUUACAUUCGGAAAUUCAUAUAAUUCUGAAGAAAGAAUAGUAGCUGCAGGAUAUGAUAAUGGAGAUAUAAAAAUGUUUGAUUUAAAAGCAAUGGCACUUUUAUGGGAAAGUAAUCUCAAAAAUGGAGUUUGCAGUAUUGAAUUUGAUAGAAAAGAUAUUCCAAUGAAUAAGUUAGUAGCUACUACAUUAGAAUCAAAGUUUUACUUAUUUGAUUUAAAGACUCAACAUCCUAAAAAAGGAUUUUCUUAUCUAACUGAAAAGGCUCAUAAUUCAACAGUAUGGUUGGUCAGACAUUUACCACAAAAUCGUGAAAUAUUUGUAACUUGUGGUGGAGGAGGAAAUCUUUGCCUAUGGAAAUAUAACUAUCCGGAAAAACGAAAAAUAGUAGAUAAAGAUGGUAUAAAUCAAGGAGUUGUUGGCAAUUUGACACUUUUACAAAAUAUUACAGUUUCAUCACAACCUGUUAGUUCUUUAGAUUGGAGUCCAGACAAACAAGGAUUAGCUGUUUGUACUGCAUUUGAUCAGUGUUUAAGGGUGAUUAUCACUACGAAACUUAAUACUUUUUAAGAAGAUAAAUAGAAUAAGUUCAUUUUAAAAUUUAAUAAAAAAAAGAUAUUAUUUAUUUAUUUUCAUUAUAUACAUUUAUAUUAUUACAUGCUAUUUAUAUUAUUGAAUGUAAAUCUUUCAUAUUAUGUUGAAACAAAAAUUCCAUUGUAAAUAAAUAUUAAUUUAAUUUAAUUUAAAAUGAAUUGUUUGCUGACUAAAUUAUCGACUGUUUGAAAUAUAUUACAAACUUUUAUCACGAUGGCGACACUUGUUUGCACCUAUUGAUUUUAUCGCAGUCGGCUUAGUAUAUGUAUAUUGCGCAAUUUUACAAUUCGAACGGUCAGAUAAAAGCGCAUUAUAUGUUAUUGGGCCAAUCUAUUUAGGAUCAAACCCUUAUUAAAUGGUAGCCAUCUUGUAAUACAAUGUGUUAUGCAACAUCAAACCGCCAUAUUGAAGAUUGAGACCCACGCCAAAUGCACUUAUGCCACAUUGUUUGAACCAGCCUCUGCCAGUUCGCAUUCAGCCGUACAAGGUCAGGAAUCCCGCGAGUUUAAUUACAUAAAUUAGCUCUUGGCUGUUCCCCCUUUUGCGACGACGUGUCACCAUUAUACAUUUUUUUUGUCUCUCCCUCUUAUAUUCACUGAAGCUGCACGCGUUCUAAUUGGAUCACAUAUUUAGUCUUGGCUCUGUGUUCUCCAAAAUGGCGUCUUUUUAUACGAACAGCAAUAAAACGAAAUUAAAUGAAUUUUUCUUCAUUA